AUGUGUAAAAUUCUGCUCUACCUUAAUGGCUUAUUUUUGAAAUCAUCUAUCAUUUCAAAGAGAAUAAAGUUAAAAUGGAAAACCAAUGUAAGGAAGGUGCAAAUUUUUCUCUGCAUUUUGAUUGGAAUACUGACUUCUCCAUACCACGUGGAAUGCUUAAACUUCAAUAUUGGAGUUCUAGGACCUUGGAAAUGUGACCCCCUUUACUCCAGAGUAUUUCCUGAGCUGGCAGCUAAAUUAGCAGUGGAUCGGAUAAAUAAUGAUUUGUCUUUGGAUUUAGGCAACAAGAUAGAUUUUGUAGUUCUCCAAGAAGAUUGUGUAACUUCAAAAGCACUUAGUAUGUUUUUGGGAUAUGAAAAUAUGGUAUCAGCAUUCCUUGGACCUUUAAAUCCAGGCUAUUGUGAUGCUGCAACUCUUCUGAGCAAGAACUGGAACAAAGCCAUUUUUUCCUGGACUUGCAUCAGUAAUGAACUGGACAUGGUGAGGAGUUACCCAGUAUUUACAAGGACAUUACCUUCACCUACAAAAGUUUUGUUUAAUGUCAUGAAAUAUUUCACCUGGGCAAAUAUUGGUAUUGUUUCAUCCAAUGAAGACAUGUGGAUUGAUACAGCCAAAAGGGUGGCAGACUCUCUUAGGAUCCUUGGAUUGCCUGUUGGACUCGUGACAUCACUGGGUGAUGGCCCCACAGGUAUAGAGACGAGCCUUCAAAAAAUUAAGGAAGCUGGAAACCUCAAGAUGAUCAUCAUGUGCAUGCACUCUGUACUGCUUGGAGGUGAACAACAAGCUGCAUUUUUGGAGAAAGCUAAUGAAAUGGGACUGACUGGCGGGAGAUAUGUCUUUGUACCUUAUGAUACGUUGCUCUACAGUCUCCCAUACAAAAACACUUCUUUUUUUAUAUUGGGAAACAACAGCAAAGUCAGAGAAGCCUAUGAUUCAGUAUUGACAAUAACUGUUGAAUCUGAGGAAAAUUCAUUUAUUGAAGCAUUCAAUGAGGCAAAAAAACUUGGUGAAAUAACUACAGACCUGCUGCCUGAACAGGUCUCUCCACUCUUUGCUAACAUUUACAAUGGAAUUUAUCUAUUGGCAAAAGCUAUGAACAAUGCCAGAACAAAUGGCUUCUCAGUGACAGAAACUAAUUUAGUUAAAUAUACCAGGAAUAUAACAUUUAAUGGCUUUAAUCAGAGAAUUCAAACUGACAGCAGGGGAGAUGGUCUUACUAAUUAUGUCAUCUUAGAUUCAAAUGGACUACACAGCCAGCUGUACAGCACACAUUAUAUAGAUAUGUCAUCAGACAUGGUGAGAUUUCUGGGAAGAGUUAUUCACUUUCCUGGGGGAUCACCUCCUGCCCCUGACUCCAGAUGCUGGUUUGAUGAAAAUAAAAUUUGCACAGGAGGUGUGGAGCUCACCUUUGUGAUUCUUAUAUUUGCUCUCAUAUUAUCUCUUGGCCUUUUUGGAGUGGGAUUAGCUCUUAUGAUCAGACGUCGCAUUCAACAGAUCCAGCUUGUUAAAGGUCCGAAUAAAAUCCUUCUCAGUUUAGAAGAUUUGACUUUUAUAAACCCACAAUUGAGCAAAAGGAAGUUGACUCUAGAAGACAUCUGUGACACCAAAAGCAUCAUUGAAGGACGGAGUGUAAAAUCAUUAGCACACUCCCAUUCAGCAAAAAGUAUAACAUUUGCAACCUAUGAGACAUCUAAUGUAGCUGUAUAUGAGGGAGACUGGGUUUGGCUGAAGAAGUUUGAAAAUGGAUCUUUCAGAGAUGUCAGGCCAAGCUCUACCAGUAUUUUAAGAAAGAUGAAGGACUUACGAAAUGAAAACAUAAACCCUUUCCUAGGGUUUUUCUCAGAGUGUGGUAUUUUUGCUAUUGUGACGGAGCAUUGUUCUAGGGGAAGUCUGCAGGAUCUGCUUAGAAAUGAUGAUGUGAAGUUGGACUGGAUGUUCAAGUCAUCACUUUUACUAGACUUGAUUAAGGGCAUGAAAUACCUUCAUCACAAAGACUUUCCUCAUGGACGCUUGAAAUCACGCAAUUGUGUGGUAGAUGGACGGUUUGUGUUAAAAAUCACAGACUAUGGCUACAAUGAGUUGUUAGAGACUCAGAAAGUUCCUCGUAUUAAGCCACAAGCAGAAGAGCUUUUUUGGACAGCGCCUGAAUUCCUUAGAGAUCCAGAUAUGUCCAGGAAAGGAACCUGCAAAGGAGAUGUUUACAGUUUUGCAAUUAUAUUACAAGAAGUGGUUGUCCGUGGCUCACCUUACUGUAUGUUGGGACUGUCCCCUGAAGAGAUUAUAAGAAAAGUGAAGAAACCUCCACCUAUGUGCCGUCCAACAGUGGCUCCAGACCAAGCUCCACUAGAAUGCAUUCAGCUAAUGAAACAAUGUUGGAGUGAACUACCAGAAAGAAGGCCCGACUUUGAUAGCAUAUUUGAUCAAUUUAAAACUAUAAACAAGGGUAAAAAGACCAACAUUAUAGAUUCAAUGCUGAGGAUGCUUGAACAGUACUCUAGUAAUCUGGAAGAUUUGAUCAGAGAAAGAACAGAGGAGCUGGAAGUAGAAAAACAAAGGACAGAAAAACUUCUAUCUGAGAUGCUUCCACCUUCUGUUGCUGAAGCUCUUAAGACUGGAGGUACUGUGGAACCAGAAUACUUUGACCAAGUCACAAUCUAUUUCAGUGAUAUUGUUGGAUUCACAACUAUUUCAGCUCUUAGUGAACCUAUAGAAGUUGUUGAUCUCUUAAAUGAUCUUUAUACAUUGUUUGAUGCUGUUUUAUGCAACCAUGAUGUAUAUAAGGUGGAAACAAUAGGAGAUGCAUAUAUGGUGGCUUCAGGGCUUCCAAAAAGAAAUGGAAACAAACAUGCAGCAGAAAUUGCAAACAUGUCUUUAGAUAUUCUCAGUUCAGUUGGAACUUUCAAAAUGCGACACAUGCCUGAAGUACCUGUACGGAUACGAAUAGGUUUGCAUUCAGGAUCUUGUGUAGCUGGAGUAGUAGGUCUCACAAUGCCAAGGUAUUGUCUUUUUGGAGACACAGUAAACACUGCAUCACGUAUGGAAUCCACUGGGUUGCCUUAUCGAAUUCACGUAAACCAAAGUACUGUAAAUAUUCUACUUUCAUUGAAUGAAGGCUACAAGAUUGAGACCAGAGGAAAAACAGAAUUGAAGGGAAAAGGAAUUGAAGAAACGUACUGGCUUGUUGGGAAGGAAAACUUUUUAAAACCUUUACCUGUACCCCCAGAAAUUAAAGAAGGGGAUAACUGGCAAGAUAUGAUGACUCGAGAAAUUAAACAAAUUUUCAAAAAAGCCAACAGGAAUGUGGAUAAAAUUUAAGGAAAAUUUCUGAAUCCAAAGGUGAAAUCAUAAAACUCAC